AUGAACGUCAAUCUGGAAGACUACAUCACCAGCGCGAACGAGUGCUUCGAGCUCAAUCUCACCCGACCCUCCAAGGAUGCGGCACCCGAGCCUAUAUUCAGCGAAUCGUUCAACCCCGCCUGGACGUACCCUUUCUUCGGUGAGGAGCAGGAGAUCAUUGGUCACAAGGAGCCCAGCAUACAACUAAGCUUUCGCGCAAAUGACAUGAAGCCAUCGCUGCAGGUGGGCUUUGAGGAGAAAGUGGAGCUGCCAGAUGAGGUGUACUCUGAGAAACACCUGAAGGUCGAUCUGGAGACCGUGUUCGAAGAAUACCUACCUGCCUCUGUCUUCAAUCCCGCCGAUGCCCCGGCCGACUCAGCGCAAACGGACCCCACAUCGAAAGACUGGAGACCGCCCGGCAAACAGCUGCACAGCUUCGCGCAUCACGGCAAACAAUUCGAGAUAUGGGUCGCAAGUUUCACGGACCCCAAUGCGAAAAGGCUGUGGGAGAACAUGCAAAUAUUGCCAAUGCUCUACAUAGAAGGUGCAUCUCUGCCCGAGCUGGAUGCAGAAUGGUCGCUUGAGAGGUGGUCUCUAUACCUACUGUAUGAAGUCACGCCGAUUGAUGAGGAAACCUCACCCUACACACUUGCCGGCUUUUCCACCACAUACCGCUUCUGGCUGCUUCCUACCUUCGAGAUUAUGCGCGCUACCAGGUCACUCCCUUCGCCUCCCGCUAGCACAAAUGGCCAUGCUGGCAAAUGGAGCCCUCCGAGACUUACACAGGAUCCUGAUACUUUCCGCAUAAACGAGACCAUCGACCCCCUAAAACAGCCUUCGCGCGAACGCAUCUCGCAGUUCCUUAUACUACCGCCGUACCAAGGCCAGUCUCUCGGAGCAAUACUGUACGAGGCAAUAUUCGGGGAACUCGUCAAGAGACCAUACAUUUACGAGAUCCCUGUCGAAGACCCAAGCGAAGCCUUUGACGCUAUGCGCGACUAUAGUGACAUUGUGUACCUCCGCACCUUACCAUCUUUCCAAUCGCUGACCAUACCUGCGACCAUACCAAAGGAGAAACUUGCAAAAGGAGUCCCGAUUCCUCGCGCCGAAAUACUAGGUAACGGUGUCGAUCUUAGCCAGCUGCAGCGUGAAACAAAGAUAGUGUCCCGUCAAUUUAACCGCAUGCUUGAACUUCACCUUCUAUCAACCAUACCGCCCGCCAACAGAAAUAAAAAUCGCAUCAUCCGCAAAGAUAGGUCUUCGAAUGAGAACGACCGUCGAUACUACUUCUGGCGACUAGCCCUGAAAGAUAGGAUACACCGUCAAAACCGCGAUUCUUUGGAAAAUAUGGAGGAAGGAGAAGAAGCUCUCACGACCGCGCAGAAGGUAGAGAUGAUCGAGAAUGCUGUGAAUAAUCAGCAAGCGGAGUAUGAAGAGCGAUUGCAGGGCCUGGAGACGAGAGCUAAGUGGAGAAAUGGAGAGGUGCAGGUCGGGUCAGGCUCCAGGUCGAAGCGGAAGAGGAUGGUCAUCGAAGACGAUGAAGAUGAUGAAUGGGAGGAUAUGGAUAAUGAAAGUGCGACUUCUAAGAAAGCGAGGGUCUGA